AUGGAGUCCAACAAUCAACUCGAGGCGGUCAAAAAACAAAUAGAAGAAACGACGGUAGAGAUUAAAACGAUUAAAGAUACUAUAGGAAUUGUCGAGGGAAAGAGUCUUCUCGAGCCUUUGUACGUCAGGCUCGGUGAAUUGGAAAAGCAAAAGACUGCUCUUGUACAACAGUCGAAGGUGGAAGUUUUUGAGAGCGAUGAGGUGAAGUCACCCGCUUCCGCUCCUAAACAGGAGUCAACUAAAUCUGCUCAAGCAGCCAGUAAAGAGCCUGAAGAAGACGACUUGACCAUUCCAGUGGCAUCUGGAACCGCUUGUAAGCGAUCUGGAUGUAAGAAGACGUAUGUUGAUGAGGCUACCAGUAGAGGUGAUGGACCUGAGGCCGAGUGCUUGUAUCAUCCUGGAGAACCAAUAUUUCAUGAGGGCAGUAAAGGUUGGACUUGCUGUUCGCGGAAAGUACUCGAGUUUGAGGAAUUUCUCAAAAUCAAAGGAUGUGAAAAAGGAAAGCAUCUAUUUGUUGGAUCUGGCAAAAAAGAUACGAAUUCUGAAGAGACAAUCCAGUGUCGGCAUGAUUGGUAUCAAACCGUUUCACAAGUCAUAAUGUCUGUAUUUGCCAAGAAAGUAGAUGCCAACCAGUCAGAUGUUACCUUUAGUGAACGAGAGGUAUCUGUCAACUUAAAAACGGCUGAUGGAAAGCGCUUUAAAUCGACUUAUUCACUCUACGAACGAAUUGAUCCGGAGAACAGUAAAUACGAGGUUCUCAACACAAAAGUAGAGUUGGUAUUAAAGAAAGCAAAUGGUAUUUCGUGGCAAUCAUUGACAUCUGAUGAAGCACCACUCAUGACGACAACGUUCGGUGUUCCUGGAGGAACGGCUACGGUAGGUGCCAAGGAAUAUAUACUUGCUAUGGAUUCGCCCUUGUACGCAAACAGACAAACAUAA